AUGUACCAAAAUGAUUACUUAGACAUUGAGGCUGAAAUUAUGGAAGGAGUAGAAGAUUUGGACUACAGUUCUGUUAUGCCGCUGAAUCCAACGACGAGCAUAAUAAAUGUAACUGCUCAGCUCAUUUGCAAUUACACUCUGAACUGCACUGAUGAAGAAAGAAAUUUGACAUCAUCCAGAAUUGCUCCAUACAGUACACUGGAGAGGGUAAUCGCUAUAGUCGUGCCAAUUCUUUUUGGAAUUAUCGUCGUUGUUGGACUAAUUGGAAACACGCUAGUGGUUGUAGUUGUUGCGUGCAAUCCGCAAAUGAGGUCGACCACUAAUAUGCUCAUCAUUAACUUGGCCAUUGCUGACCUACUUUUUAUCAUGUUCUGCGUCCCUUUUACAGCUUUUGAUUACGCUCUCCCCUAUUGGCCAUUUGGAGACUUAUGGUGCAGGGUUGUGCAAUAUCUAGUGAUUGUGUGUGCGUAUGCUAGCAUAUACACUCUAGUCCUGAUGUCUUUAGACAGGUUUUUAGCGGUAGUACAUCCAAUAGCAUCGAUGUCCGUCCGUACAGUCAAGAAUGCUCUGGUGGCUAUAAGUGUCAUGUGGGCCGUAAUCGUGGUUGCCUGCGUCCCAGCUUUGCAGUCGCAUGGGCAAGUCUCUUAUACAAUUGAAAACACAGAGUUCUCCGUAUGCGUCUUUCUCUCCAAUGAAGGGUACAGUUACAUGGCAUAUCAGAUAUGCUUUUUCCUAUCUUCCUACAUCGUACCGCUGGGACUUAUUUUCGUGUUGUACAUGUUGAUGCUUAAACGCUUGUGGUUUGGAGUGACGCCUGGUGGCAGAGUGAGUGCAGAAAGCCUUCGUUCCAAAAAGAGGGUGACAAGGAUGGUAGUCAUUGUCGUUGUCAUCUUUGCCGUCUGCUGGUGUCCGAUACAGAUUGUGCUCGUGCUCAAAAGUGUACACGCGUAUUCUCUCACAACUGGGAAGAUCAUUUUGCAAAUCACGUCACACAUUCUCGCGUACAUGAACUCUUGCGUCAAUCCAAUUCUAUAUGCGUUUCUUUCCGAUAACUUUCGAAAAGCAUUCAGGAAGGUGGUUGCUUGCCGUCCGAAGCGGGGCUCUUUGCCAGGAAAAUGUAACCAGGAAAACCGAACUGAACGGGAAACGACUUUUAACAACGGGACUACGACGCGGACUAACAAUCCCAAUUCUUCAAACGAUAUAUUGUAG